AUGGCAAAGUUUGAAACAUUACCAGAAGGCUGCAUUGCCACCAUACUCUCUCAUACUACGCCAAUUGACGCAUGCCGACUCUCCCUCGUUUCCAAAACUUUCCGUUCUGCAGCCGACUCCGACACUGUCUGGAAUAAGUUUCUCCAGUCAGAUACUCCAUUCAUGAACUAUAUCUUUUCACACUCUUCUACCCUUGCCAACCUCCCUACAAAAAAGGCUCUCUACAUGUCUCUAUGUGAUUGCCCUCUUAUCAUCCGUUAUGGUCAAAAGAGCUUUCAAUUGGUGAGAAAGAAUGGGAAAAGGUGUUUUAUGCUUGCUGCCAGAUAUCUACACUUUUUUUGGAGUUUCCCUAAUGAAUAUUUAGAAUGGACUUCCGAGCCUGAUUCUAGGUUCCCUGAAAUCGCUAAGCUUCGAAAUGUGAGUAUGCUUAAAAUUUAUGGUAUGAUAAACACCAUUACUUUGUCCUCAAGUACUUGGUAUGAGGUUUACGUUGUGUUUAAGAAGACUGAUAUCUGGGUAGUUGAGCACGAACCUGUGGAGUUUUUAGUUGGUAUCCAAGGUUACAACAAUGUUUCGGUGGAUCGAAAUUUGGAAUGGCAAUAUCCUAGUGUGAGAAGUGAUGGGUGGCUGGAGAUAAAGAUGGGGGAGUUCUUCAAUUUACGCCAUGAAGACUUACACAUGUAUGUUUAUGAGAUUAAGGGUUGUAAUUGGACUAGUAGUCUCUCUUUGGAAGGAAUAGAAGUUAGGCCUAUGCAUAUGCAUGACACUUAG